AUUCUUAAUCCUUAUGUAAAAAACCAGAACACAUGUGGUGGUGAUUUUUGCCUCUGUAUUAUCAGCUUCUGGGUUACAGAAGGGAAGUUGGGAUAUGAGUUUCCCCAAAAACCACUUUCUGGGUUUUCAAAUUCAGAGGAAAGUUUGAGUUUGGGAAUUCUUUUCUCAUAUCAAAAUCUAUGCUUUUGAGCUCAAUAUCAGGUAUUAGACUUUCAUUUCUCUGGUCUAGAAGUCCAUAGAUUGUUUGCACCUCUCAAUUUUUUUUUUAAUUAAUUGUCAGCUAUCUGUGAUGAAGAGUUUGGGAAUCUGCUGUGGAUGUUCAUUAAUCCAGGUUUCUUUUAAGAUUGCCGGCGACUGUAUCUUGGAAGUUUGAGAAUUGGGAUUUCAAGUAUGAAGUGUUAUCUGUAAGGAUGUGGUUAGAUGCCUGUGAAAUUCAUGCUUGAUCAUGUUGAAACCGAUAUUUUCACGCCUUUGAAAUGCAAGAAUCAAGAUUUCAGGAGUGAAGUAAGCUAUAUCUUAUAGUGAGAUGAGGUGCUGAUUUUUUAGUUGCUCUUUGUGUAUGAUCAUGAAGAAGUAGAAAUAAUUUCUGGGUUUGCUAAUUCAAAAAAUCAGGAUUUCAUUCAUAAGCAAGUGAUUACUUUCUGAAAUUGAUUGAUAAUUCAGUGAGAUAUUUUGUAUGAUCAUGGAGGAGCAGAGCAGUUUUAAGGGACGAACAAUGGAGAAACAGCAAAGUUUUAAACAGAAAGUGAUGGAAAAACUCCCUAGUUUUCGAGGCGGAACGGAAAACCAGUCCACUUCCCGUGGAGUAAUGGAAAAGCACCCCAGUUUUCGUGGAGCACUCGAGAAACAGAAGAGUUUUCGUGGGUUUAUGGAAAACCAGAAGAGCAUUCGUGCUGUGAUGGAGAGGCAGCUCAGUUUUAUUGGCGGUGGUGAGAGGAAGAAGAGCAAGGAGUCGCCUGGAAAGCGAGGUGACUCACAGAUUCAUUUGGCAGCUCGUGCAGGAAAUUUGAGUAGAGUUAGGGAGAUUCUUCAGAAUUGUGAUGGUAAUGAUGCAAAGGAUUUGUUGGCAAUUCUGAAUCAAGAAGGAGAAACUUCCCUCUAUGCAGCAGCAGAAAAUGGUCAUGCGGGAGUGGUUGCAGAGAUGUUGGGAUACAUGGACCUGGACACUGCUUCUAUUGCAGCUAGGAAUGGAUUUGAUCCAUUCCAUAUUGCAGCUAAGCAGGGUCAUCUUGAGGUGUUGAAGGAACUCUUGCAUGGGUUCCCCAACUUGGCCAUGACCGCAGAUUUAUCUUGUACAACUGCCUUACACACAGCUGCCGCUCAGGGAUACAUUGAUGUGGUGAAUCUCCUUCUGGAAACAGAUUCAAAUCUAGUUAAAAUUGCUCGGAAUAAUGGUAAAACUGCUCUUCAUUCUGCUGCAAGGAUGGGGCAUUUGGAAGUUGUGAGAUCCCUAUUAAGCAAGGAUCCAAGCACUGGCCUUAGAACUGAUAAAAAAGGACAAACUGCACUGCACAUGGCUAUGAAAGGGCAAAAUGAGGAAAUUGUUCUGGAAUUGUUAAAAUCUGACCUCUCUGUUAUGAGUUUGGAAGAUAAUAAAGGAAACACAGCAUUACAUAUUGCAACAAAGAAGGGCCGUACACAGAAUGUACGUUGCUUGUUAUCAGUUGAGGGUAUCAAUGUCAAUGCAACUAACAAGGCUGGAGAGACCCCCCUUGACAUUGCAGAAAAACUUGACACUUCAGAAAUUCUGUCCAUGUUGAAGGAUGUGGGCGCCGUCAAUUCUAAAGAUCUUGGAAAACCACCAAAUCCAGCAAAGCAACUUAAGCAGACUGUCAGUGACAUAAAACAUGAUGUCCAGUCCCAGCUUCAACAGACCCGUCAAACGCGUGUCAAAGUGCAGAAGAUUGCCAAGAGGUUGAAGAAACUCCAUAUUAGUGGCCUCAACAAUGCUAUAAAUUCUGCAACUGUUGUUGCUGUGCUCAUAGCCACAGUCGCUUUUGCUGCCAUUUUCACUGUGCCUGGGCAAUAUGUUGAGGGUAAAGAAGAAGGAACGUCUCUAGGGCAAGCCCAUAUAGCAAAAAAUCCAGCUUUCUUAGUCUUCUGUGUGUUUGAUAGCCUGGCAUUAUUCACUUCUCUAGCUGUUGUCAUUGUCCAAACGUCUGUUGUUGUGAGUGAACAGAAGGCAAAGAAGCAGCUUGUGUUUGUUAUCAACAAGAUCAUGUGGCUGGCUUGCCUCUUCAUUUCAGUUGCCUUUAUUUCUCUCACUUAUGUGGUGGUGGGUCAGAAGUCAAGGUGGCUUGCUAUUUGUGCAACAGUAAUUGGUGGUUCAAUCAUGCUUACUACAAUUGGAUCUAUGUGCUAUUGCGUGAUUUUGCAUAGAAUGGAGGAGUCAAGAUUGAGGAGUAUAAGGAGGGAGAGUCGAUCUGGUUCUUACUCUAUGUCUAUGGUAUCAGAGCCGGAGGUCCUGGACGGUGAAUAUAAAAGGAUGUAUGCACUGUAAGGACAUCAGGAUGGAAAGAAAUGGAUCAACUAUGAAUAACAGACCUAUUAUUCUCAUCUAUAUUAUGAAGAAAGCUAUAUGAUGCUAAUGAUUUUAAUGGUAAUGAAAUUUUCUUGCAAGUUGUGCUGAGGUGUUGCAUCACUAGAACAAUAUGAAGAGACGAAAAGAGUACUAUGAUUCAGCAAUUGAAAGACACCUAUUCAUAUGCUUAUCGUUUUUGUCUUCUGCAAGAAAGCUCCCUUGGCAAGAUGCUGGUUUUUUGGUGAAACAUUCACACAAUGGUGAGAUCUGAUUACUGUCUGGAUCUGAUUUACAAGUAAUUACAGAUUUGAUCAAGACUCAAAAGUGGGCAGAAGUUUUUGAAGACUGAUGCCAUUUCUUGGGUCCGGUUGGAUUGUAUUUUGUAUGCAUGAGAAAAUGUUGUAGUGUAAUUAUCUUUAAUAGUUAAUCUACAAAAGCUUAGCU